ACUUGUGUAGAAAAAAAUAACAACAAUCAAUUGUUGUUUAUUUUUUUAUCAACAGAAUAUUAUUUAUAAUUUAUUGUUAAAAAAUUUUUAUAAAAAAAUAAUAAAACAUUAUUUAAUGAGAAAGAAAAUAAUUAUUGUUAAUUAAUUGUAUUUUAGGUAAUUAGUAGGUAUAAUAAAAAAUAAUAAAUAAAUAUGUCUGAUGCAUUUGAAGAAAUUGAAGCUAUCAAAAUAAAAAGAAAUAGUUUACGUGAAAAAUUACAAAAAAGAAAAAGAGAAAGACAUGAAUUAUUUACACUGACAUUGCCAAUAUCAACGACAAGUAGUGAUUCAAUCAUUUCAAAUGACACUGCAUUGUCUCCAAUAUCAUCAAAAAAUGAUGAACAUGAAAAGGAAAUAUUAUCAAUAUUACAUCAAAGUUUACCCAAAACAUCAACAGAUUUGAUUGGACAAUUACGUAAAAAUUUAAAUGUUGAUGUAUCUCACAAUGAUGUUAAAAAAAUACUGGAAAAAUUAUCCUCUCAAGAUGUAAUCAAAAUAAAAGAAGUAACAGAAAAUGGAAUUUCUAGUUACACAGUAACAUCAAUAAUUGAAUCACAAAUAAAAUUAGAACAACAAAAUAAUGAAACAACUGAAACAACAACACCAACAAUACAAAAUGACAAAACAGAUGAUGAUGAUAAUGAUGAAGAUGACGAAGAUAAUGAUGAUAAUGAUUCAAUACCACCAGAAAAACAACAAAAAAUUGAUAAAACAAAUUGUGAAGAUAUUAUGUCAUUAAUAACAAUGCCAACAAUACGUGAAAAAGAAAGUAAAAAAGUUGGUGAACAAAUACUUGAUUUAUUAUCAAAACAAACAUCAAAAGAAAAAUCACUUGCUGAACGUUUUCGUUCACAUGGUGGUGCACAAGUUAUGGAAUUUUGUCCUCAUGGUACACGUAUUGAUUGUAAUAAAUUAAAUUGCUCAAUUAAAUGUAAAAAAUUACAUUUUAAAAAAAUUAUACAAUUACAUACUGAUGAAACAUUGGGUGAUUGUAGUUUUUUAAAUACAUGUUUUCAUAUGGAUACAUGCAAAUAUGUACAUUAUGAAGUUGAUAAUUCAACAAGUCAAUUAUCAAAAGAUUCAUCAAAUGAUAAUAAUGAUAUUGUUAAUAAUGUUAAUAAUAUUAUAACAAAAACAUCAGAAACAUCUGUACCAGGUAGUGGUACUGAGUUGACAUUAUAUCCACCACAAUGGAUACAAUGUGAUUUACGUUAUCUUGAUAUGACUGUACUUGGUAAAUUUGCUGUUAUAAUGGCUGAUCCACCAUGGGAUAUACAUAUGGAAUUACCAUAUGGUACAAUGUCUGAUGAUGAAAUGCGACAAUUGGGUAUACCAGCAUUACAAGAUGAGGGUUUAUUAUUUCUUUGGGUAACUGGACGUGCUAUGGAACUUGGUCGUGAAUGUUUACAGCUAUGGGGUUAUGAUAGAGUUGAUGAAAUAAUAUGGGUUAAAACAAAUCAAUUACAAAGAAUAAUAAGAACUGGUAGAACUGGUCAUUGGCUUAAUCAUGGUAAAGAACAUUGUCUUGUUGGUAUGAAAGGUAAUCCAAGAGUUAAUAGAGGUCUUGAUAGUGAUGUUAUUGUUGCUGAAGUACGUGCAACAAGUCAUAAACCAGAUGAAAUAUAUGGUAUCAUUGAAAGAAUGAGUCCAAGUACUAGAAAAAUUGAACUUUUUGGUAGACCACAUAAUGUACAACCAAAUUGGAUAACACUUGGUAAUCAAGUUGCUGGUGUACAUUUAAUUGAUCCAGUAUUAAUUAAAGCAUUUCGUAAACGUUAUCCAGAUGGACAUUCAAUUAAACCCAAUAAUAAAACAUAAACUGUGAUUUUUAUAAAAUAUCAUUUAAUUGGUUUUUUAAUCUUUAUAUAAAAAAAAAAAAUGUAAAAAUAUACAUUGUUAAUAAUCAUGUGUAUAUAUAAAUAAAAAAAAUAAAAAAGUAUUAAUUUUUUUUUUAAUACUUUAAAUUGGUCUUUCACG